GGCUCACCAAUGGAACUCUACCGUGAAUGCAAAGAGAACGGAGCUGUCCAAACGAUUUCAUUUCCCUCAGUACUGGGGAAAAAGUUGAUAAAAGAAAACUCACUAGGACGUGUAAUUUAUUUAUAGAGAGGCAAUUGGCACAUUUACGGCGGGGUGUUUAAGGAGCAAAUUAGCGAAGUUCGUUGAAAAACCACCACAGAAGCGGUUUACUGGGAUAUGGGUUAUAAAUUAAACGUUUCUAAACUGGAGCUAAGGCUAACAAGCUAAGUUGGCGUAUACACAAAACGCGAAAUACCUUACUUUAAAAUCUUACUUAAUUUUUCUUCUGAGUUGUCAUGUUAAAUAUUUCACCCGUAUCAAGUGUGAAUGCGGACGUAUUCCUGACGCAGUAUUUAUUAAAACUGAAGUGGUAAAAAUUAUUAUUUCAAAAGCUAUAUCAGUUGUAGCGUUAAAGCUAACAAUUUGUUAGCUACUUUUGCCGAUGUAUUCGUUGCUUGAGCUAAGCGCGAGCUAGUGCUAAUGCUAAUCCGUUGCCCGUCGCACAGUCGAUUUGUUUUGGUGGAGCAAUGGUUCAUUUCAGUGGAGGGUAGUUGUUGUAGCUAGCCAGUACAUUUAACGCGGCUUGUCGGGUUAAGUGUUUUAGUGUCAAGCGUGUGAAACAAGUAUGGUGUCUUAAUAGGGCACCUAUCUAACUGGCUAACGUUGUUAAGUAGAUCAGUGUUCGAUUCAAUAAAAGCAUAAACUACUUUUUAAAAGCUGAAUGUAACGCGUUAUAAUAUUUUCUUGAAUUUUUAAACACUUAACACAUUAAAUUCAGGUAACUUUAUACAUUGUCAUUUUAAUGGUUUUCUUAAAAACAUUGUAGAAUUUGUCGUCUUUUAAUUAGGAAGAUUUUUAAUAAACUUAACUAACGUUAGGGCCAACUAGCAAGUUUAGCAUUCGUCAAACUUUGCAAAACUAGUAAAGUUAUAGUUGUCUUGCUCUGGGAAUUUUUUUAAUCUGUGACAGACAUGGAAGAUCCAAAUCCGCGAUACAGCAAACGACUGCGGUCAGGAACGCGGCGACGUUAUCAUGACGAUGGAAUCUCUGAUGAUGAGAUCGAGGGGAAAAGGACCUUUGACCUGGAGGAGAAAGUAUAUGGUGAUUGCUUUGGUUCUGAUAGAAUCAAACGCAUGGAAGGAAAAGAUUUUACUUACGAAUUCGUACAGAGGGGUGGACUGAGGGAUCCAAUUAUCUUUGAACGACUAGAUGGACUCGGAAUUAAAAUGCCAGGUUCAGACUUCACUGUGAAUGAUGUGAAGAUGUUUGUGGGCAGUCGGAGAAUGAUUGACGUAAUGGAUGUGGCUACUCAGAAGGGCACAGAGAUGUCGAUGGCUCAAUGGAGGCGAUAUUAUGAGACCCCGCCUCCCCAGAGAGAGAAACUCUACAACGUCAUCAGCUUGGAGUUUAGCCACACCAAAAUGGAGAAUUUAGUCAAACGACCUACAACGGUGGACCUGAUAGAUUGGGUGGAUAAUAUGUGGCCACGGCACUUAAAGGAAAGGCAGAGAGACUCCACCAACUCCAUUCUUGAGAUGCAGUACCCUAAAGUGCAAAAAUACUGUCUGAUGAGCGUUCAGGGCUGUUACACAGACUUCCACAUAGACUUUGGAGGCACAUCUGUGUGGUAUCACAUACUGCGAGGAUGCAAGGUAUUUUGGUUAAUUCCACCGACACCGCAGAACCUGGAGCUCUAUGAGAACUGGGUGUUGUCUGGAAAACAAGGAGACAUCUUUCUUGGAGACAGAGCCACCGAGUGUCAACGGAUUGAACUUAAGCAAGGGUACACUUUUAUUAUCCCAUCAGGGUGGGUUCAUGCAGUGUACACACCUGUGGACACAAUUGUGUUUGGUGGAAAUUUUCUCCACAGUUUUAAUAUCCCCAUGCAGCUCAAUAUCUGCAACAUUGAAGACAGGACACGGGUGCCAGCUAAAUUUCGCUACCCAUUUUAUUAUGAGAUGUGUUGGUAUGUGCUGGAGCGGUAUGUGUACAGUCUGACCAACACCUCCUACCUCAUCCCUGAGUUUCAGAAACACUCUCUAGGCAUUGGCCUUAAGCGGGAAUUCUCCAGUUCUGAAGCCUUAAAUGGUCAUGUAAAGGAUGAAGAUGAUCCUCCCUCUCCUCCAACUCGGCCAGGGAUGAAAGUUCACAUGACACCUUUUGAGGUGGAGGGAUUAUGGAAUUUGCUUGGAAAACUAGAAUCUCUCCCGUCACACAAAAAGUGUGUCCCUGCAGGCAUACACAAUGCACCUGCUUUACUCCAUGACAUGAGGGCAUUACUUAAAGAACAUGCUAAUGAUACCCCUAAACUUUCAUACACUGGAAGACCCAUUGUUAAAUGGCCAAAGAGGCCAUCCUGGUACCAGCCUCCCCCACCUCCAGCGCCAGUAGGUCGUCCCAAAUUAGCCACCACUCCUAUUAUUCCUCGUCCAACAAAGCCGGCCUCCUCGAUGUCCGCACUGCGGCGGCGACGUGUACGCUGUAAACGCUGUGAGGCAUGUCUACGGCCAGAAUGUGGCGAGUGCAAUUUCUGCAGAGAUAUGAAGAAGUUUGGUGGCCCUGGCAAACUGAAACAGACGUGUGUCCUUCGCCAGUGUCUUGCGCCUGGUUUGCCCCUCUCUGCUGUGUGUGAAAUUUGUGAAGAAGGAAACCAGGACACUGGAGAAGAGCUCAUGGAAUGCUCCAAUUGCGCACAGAUUGCCCAUCCCAGCUGCCUUAAGGUGCCAGGUGAAGGUGUAGUAAACAAAGAUUUGCCAAGUUGCUGGGAAUGUCCCAAAUGUGUCGUGAGCAAAGACACAGACUCUGAGUCGUCGGGCAGUGGUGAUGACAUCACACCUCAAGAGGGGUCAGGGGGGCUGAGGGUCGAGGGCGGGGCGUGGCACGGGGUCGGGCGGCCCCCUUCCUCUUUGCCACCUGGGUCGCUACGGAAACAAGUGGCGGCCCCAGAGCAGCGGCUCAGGAAGAGGAACAAGUUGGAAGCAAGCAAAAUGCAUAAACGCAAGUCAUCCUCGCUGGAUCCUCGCGUGGCUAAGAUCUUUCGCAGACAUGGUAUGGAUUCAGGGAGUGAUGACGAGGAUGGAGAAACAAGGAAAAAACUCUCCCUGCACUCAAGGGGUGCAAUAUCUGCUCGCCGUGCAUUUGGCUCCAGUAGGCGUGGUUUGUUAAGAGGUUCUUCCCAUCGAGGGGCCAGAGGAAGUGGCAUGACCACAAAUUCCUCCUCCCUGAAAAUAAGACGUGGACUUGGUAUAAGAGGUGAACGUGGGGGGCGUGUUCGUUUAAGAGGAGGAUCCAAAAUGCACCGAAGGCGUUAUGAAACUGAGGAUGAUGACGAUGACGAUGAGGAUGAUGACGAUGAGGAGGAUGACGAUGAGGAGGAGGAUGAGGAGGAGGAGGAAGAGGAAAGUGAAGAAGAAAGGCACAUGGGCAGACCUGAAAAAGAGCACCGUUCAAGGCGUCGGCGGCGUAGAGGCGAGGAGGAUGAUGAAGAUGAGGAUGAAGAAAGUGAAGAACCAGACUUUGAUAGAGAUGAAGAGAUGGAGGAUCUGGAUGAUGGAGGAGAGGAGGAUGAGGAUGAUGAGGGUGAGAACCAUUCAGACUCAGAACCUGACCCUCCUGUUCUGCUUGUCUCGGACUUAAAUGAUGAACUGUUAAAUGGGUCUUAUUUGACCGUUACAUUGCAGCGGCCAUCAAAGGCUAAACGUGAUCCGGGGUCUAUUGUGCCUAAACUGGAGGCAGCCAUGUCUCCUCGCACACCUGGUAAUGCUGAUUUACUACAGCGUAAAUCCCUUCACAAGUAUCGGCAAAAAAAUGGCAGCUCUCUUUCCACUGGAAAUGGUCUUUUACAACCCAAAGCCAUUCUAGCAUCAGGCCGUCAUACACGCCUCAGGGGAUUAAACCUUGAUGGUAGAGCCUCACCAUCUUCCACUUCCUCUCACUCUUCCAUUUCUCCUCCUCCACCUCCCCCGACAUCCACCACCAUCUCCUCUCCUCCUUCCCUCCUCACUCAUCCCUCAUUCCGGGAUGUGGGGAACGAGCCAGGGUGUGAGAAGGAGGUGUGGGUGUCAGUGUUUCACUACCUGAGCCGAACAGAACUGGCUGUGUGUAUGCGGGUUUGCAAAGCCUGGUACAAAUGGUGUUAUGAUAAGCGCUUGUGGAGCCGGAUAGAUCUCAGUAGAUGUCGCUCGCUCAGUGCUCAGGCUUUGACGGCUAUUAUUAAACGACAGCCUGUCACACUUGACCUAUCCUGGACACCCGUGUACAAAAAACAGAUGACCUGCCUUCUCCACCAUCUCCCAGGGCUGAAGGAUCUAAUCAUGUCAGGCUGUUCAUCAUCAUGUCUUUCGGGCUUGAGUUCUCUGAGCAUCCCUUGUCUCCGAACAUUGGACCUGUGUUGGGCUGAGAACGUUACUGACUCUCACCUCAAAGAUCUCAUCACGUCAUCAGGCAGUGAAAAUCGCAGCAGGUUGAAAGGCUUGUUAUCUUUAAGGUUAUCUGGUCUGGAUGUAAGUGACUCAACACUGAAGCUGAUAAUCAAACACAUGCCCUUGUUGAAGAGGUUAGACCUGUCACAUUGCCCUGGGGUUACAGACCAGUCAAUCAGCCUGCUUACAGCAAUUGGCUCCAACACACGCAGCACUCUCAAAGAGGUCAACCUCGCAGGCUGUAAUAAGCUUACAGAUAUGUGCCUAAAUUAUAUGAAGCGUCUGUCUGCUUUAACUCUGUUAGACUUGCGGGGCUGUAAGGGUAUCACACGACAUGGCUGUGAAAACUUCAUUUCGGACCUUUCCUACUGCACCUUCUUCUGUCUGACUGGGGAUAAACUCAUCCAGAGGAUAUCUUAACACAGACACAUGCAUACAGCACACAUGCUCUUAAACGUGGUGUGCUCUACGGGCUCUGUCAAAAUGCUCCGACAGGAUUCUGAGCUCCCUCACAGAGUCUGGUUGGGCAGGUGGAUGGAGGGCUAGAGGCUGCGCCCCUGGGGAGAGGAUGAACGCAGAGAAUUCAAGGAGAGUUACGUUCUUUGUGCCUGGCAUUUAAAGCGACUCGUAAAGAUACCAAGGGAUAUGUGAACAAACUAAAAAAUUGGAAUGUACUGAUCUAAACUACCUGGGUGACGGAGAGCAGUCCAAUCUUGCGAUUAUGAAGGUUUUAAAGAAUGUUGGCUACAUAUGGCAGUUUCAGGAGUGGCUCUUACGAUACUGUAAACCAGCAUUACCACGAGUGCGAGACAAAAUCACACAACCAUGGGGCAAUAUGUGACAUGACAACUUUAUGUGCACAUAGAUUUGAGUGCCAUGAAUUGAACUUUGACCUGACAUCCCAAAUAGUCACAAUUACAAACGUACAUAGUUUUUCUGUCCUGUGUGCCUGCAGAUAUGUCGAGCUUUGACAUGACACGUAAUGCUUUACCAACAUUUUCUAACAGACUUGGUCAGUUGAAUUGAUUUCUACCUAGGCCUCACCCAUUUUUAUUUUUUCUUUCUUUAUCCUCAUGUAUGUUUACCUCUGUCAGGUUUCUCCUAUAUCACCAUCUUACUUUGUACAUUUGCUGGGUUGUUAAUAGUGUACAUGUAUUUUUUUUCUUAAGCAGUGUCUUAAGUGUAGCCUGUAGAAAACCAUUUUUUCAGCUUUUUUUUUCAAGAAAAAAAAUAAUAAAUGUCACAUUUCCAGUGAGAUUUGUGGCAAAAUGCAAA